CUUCUCGGAACCCACGCCGUCUCUUCCCCUCCGCAGUCCAGUGAAACCGCCCAAAUGUCGUCGUCCUCGGUGCCGGCGACGAUGCCGUCGCCGCGGGAGCACGUGGAGAGGAUUCGGCGCGAGCGCUACUUCAUCGGGCGCGGGGAGCAGAACCCAUUAGCGGAGGACAUGCAUCAGGCCGUCAACUACCUCUCGCAAGAGCUCUACUCCAAGGACGUCCACUUUCUCAUGGAGCUCGUGCAGAAUGCCGAAGAUAAUGAAUACCCUUCUGGAGUAGCACCUUCUUUGGAGUUUCUAAUUACAUCAAAGGAUAUUACUGGAUCUGGUGCAUCCUCCACUUUGCUCAUUUUCAACAAUGAGAGGGGUUUCGCUUCAACAAAUAUAGAGUCCAUUUGUCGUGUUGGGAAAUCAACAAAGAAGGGAAACAGACACCAGGGUUACAUUGGAGAGAAAGGUAUUGGGUUCAAGAGUGUGUUCCUGAUAUCGAGCCAGCCCCAUAUAUUUAGUAACGGGUAUCAGAUCAAGUUCAACGAGAAACCUUGUGUGGAAUGUAACAUUGGAUACAUUGUCCCUGAGUGGGUUGAAUCAACACCUAGCCUUUCAGACAUUGAAGCGUUAUAUGGGUACUCCAAAGUCCUUCCAACAACCACCAUCAUCUUACCGUUGAAGUGUGACAAGGUUGAUGCGGUGAAGCAGCAGCUGUCAAGCAUGCAUCCAGAAAUGCUAUUGUUUCUGUCAAAAAUCAGGAAGCUUUCUGUCCGGGAGGAUAACUGUGAUCCCAAGAGUAGCACUGUUAGUGAGAUCUCGAUAUCCAGUGAAAAGAACUACCAAACCAGGAAGAACAUGCAUGCUUAUUCUUACACACUCCAUUUAUCUGCUGAAGAGAGCGGAAAAGGAGAAGAGUGUGGCUACUAUAUGUGGAGGCAGAAGUUCCCAGUCAAGCCAGAGAAUAGAGUUGACAAACGUGCCGAAAUCGAUGAGUGGGUGAUAACCCUGGCCUUCCCACAUGGCCAGCGUCUGUCCCGUGGGAAGAAGCUAUUGCCUUCUUGCUGAAGUCCAAGAAUCUUCAGCUGUUCCCUGAAGAUGAGGAUUUCCUGAACGCUUCAAUGCAAGGUCUGUGCGCUGAAAAUUAAACCUUCUCAUCUUGUGCUUCUAAAUUUUCACACAGAUACAUAAUCACAUAACCUACUGAUGCCACUAUCCCCAAUACUAAAUUCUAAGGGAAAUUUUUUUUCGGAAAUUUCACGAAUUUCGCUAAUUUUGGCCCAGACUGAAAUUGGCCCAUUUCGGUUAAAAAGUUUCGGCCCAGUUCAAAUGGACUCAAUUGAUUCAACCGCACAAGCCCAUUCCAACUCUAAUUCUAACUCCCCCAAAUGUUCAGUCAUUUUUGAAUUAUUUUAAUUUUUAUGUUACCUUAUCCUCUUGCUUGUUGCCUCCCUCUCCCAAGUGGCCAGACCAAAUCUCACUCCCACCCGAGCGGCAGUGGCGGCAUCCGGCUCACCUAGGCUGCGCGGCACGCCGGCGGCGCGGCGCGCGGGCGGUGUGGGGCACGCGAGGCGUGGCGCGGGGCGUGGGUGGCAUGUUGUCAACUCCUCCUAG